AUGGCUUCCUCCCUUUUGACAAAGAUUCUUUUAUCUCCACGCACGAUUCACACUUCCUCCUUAUUCACUCACCACCCACCAAUUCUCUCUUCAUUCUUCAAUAAGCAGGUGUUCUCUAUAAGAGUUGUUUCAACCUUUACAGCCCAAAACACUAGGUUGACUGAUUGGAUUUACAAAAACUUGAAGGAGCAUGAUAUUAAGGUGGUGGAUGCAUCCUGGUAUAUGCCGGACGAGCAAAGGAAUCCAAUUCAAGAGUAUCAGGUUUCUCACAUUCUCGGGGCCCUUUUCUUUGACAUAGAUGGAAUAGCAUACCGCACUACAAAUUUGCCACACAUGUUGCCUUCAGAGACAGCUUUUGCCGCUGCUGUUUCUGCUCUUGGCAUACAGAACAAAGACGGCCUAGUUGUUUAUGACGGAAAAGGACUAUUUAGUGCAGCUCGUGUUUGGUGGAUGUUCCGAGUGUUUGGGCAUGACCGAGUUUGGGUUGGUCCAAUCACAUUCGAGACUAAAUUUCAGCCACGUCUUGUUUGGACCCUUGAACAGGUAACGAAAAAUAUAGAGGAAAAAUCUCAUCAACAGGUAGAUGCUCGAUCAAAGUUUGACGGAAUUGCAGUAGAGCCCAGAAAGGGAAUUAGAAGUGGUCAUGUACCUGGCAGCAGAUGCAUUCCUUUCCCCCAAAUUUUAGAUAUUUCACAAGCAUUGUUACCAGCAGACGAGCUUAAGAAGCGAUUUGAACAAGAAGGCAUCUCUUUGGAAAAGUCGGUCGUGACUUCGUGUGGAACUGGAGUAACUGCAUGCAUUCUUGCAUUGUCAAUUGGACAGUUGACCUAG